AUGGCCUCCGUCAACGGCCGUACCAUAAAAUCUCAACAGGCCGUCAAGCGCCGCAUCGAACACCACGAGGCCGACAUUGUGAUCAUCGGCGCGGGCAUUCUGGGCUGUGCACUUGCAGUCACACUUGGAAGACAAGGGCGAAGCGUCAUUCUGCUGGAAAAGUCACUGAAGGAGCCCGAUCGCAUCGUCGGUGAACUGCUGCAGCCCGGUGGCGUGCAAGCACUGGAGCAGCUGGGUCUGCGUGACUGUCUGGAUGAGAUCGAUGCGAUCCAGGUCAACGGAUAUUACGUCUCAUAUUUCGGAGAACCAGUCUUAAUCGACUACCCCAAAGAAGACCCCUCUUCGCCUGCGCCCCUGGGACGGUCCUUCCACCAUGGCCGUUUCGUGAUGAAGCUGCGCCAGGCAGCCCUCGACUGCCCCAACGUGACCGUCAUUGAGACCCAGGCCACAGGCCUAGUGACUUCGUCGUACACACAGCAGGUUCUCGGGGUUGAGUGUGUGACCAACGAUCUCAAGGACUGCUACUUUGCUCAGCUCACUGUCGUCGCCGACGGCUACGCCUCCAAAUUCCGCAAGACCUACCACCCGCACACCCCCAAGGCCCGGUCGAAGUUUUGGGGCCUGGAAAUGAUUGACGCCAAACUCCCUUCCCCCCACUACGGCCAUGUCCUCCUCAGCGAUAAGCCCCCCGUCCUCAUGUACCAGAUCGGCACCCACGAGACCCGCGUCCUGGUUGAUAUCCCCGAGAACCUCACAACCGCGUCGGUCAAGAAUGGUGGUGUCAAGGGCCACCUGCGAAACACCAUCCUCCCCUCCCUCCCGGAGGAGGUUCAGCCGGCCUUUGAAGCUGCGCUGGACAAGGGCCAGCUGCGGUCAAUGCCAAACUCGUUCCUGCCCGCCUCUACCAACAAAACACCCGGGCUAAUGAUUUUGGGCGACGCACUCAACAUGCGGCAUCCAUUGACUGGUGGUGGAAUGACCGUGGCGCUCAAUGAUGUCUGCUUCAUUCGUGAUUUGCUCAGUCCCGAACGCGUGCCGGACCUAGGAGACACAGCACUUGUCCUGAAACAGCUCUCGCGCUUCCACUGGAUGAGAAAGAAGUCGUCGACUGUUAUCAACAUCCUUGCACAGGCUUUGUACAUGCUAUUUGCCGCUAAUGAUGCAAAUCUCCUUGCCCUCCAACGAGGCUGCUUCCGCUACUUCCAAAUGGGCUACGUAGACGGACCCGUUGGACUUCUCGCCGGCUUGAUCAAGCAACCGCUUGUCCUCUUCAACCACUUCUUUUCCGUCGCUUUCGUUUCAAUCUGGGUCCUCUUUACCGAAACUCCUCUGACACAAUUAAUCCUGUUCCCCUACCGAUCCAUUAUGGUCUUCUGGACAGCAUGCGUGGUGAUUUUCCCCUACAUCUUUGCCGAGAUUCGGGGUUGA